GCCAAAGCAUCACCUCCCUCCCCUCUCCUAUAUAAACACACAAAACACAUAUACUCCACAUAUCCACCUGCUGCAGUUGCCUCUUCUACGCUACCAACAACAACAACGAUAAUAACAACAAGAGAGGAGGUGGGAGCUUUUGGCUCACCCCUCUUGCUCCCAUUCUUGCGCUAGCGUUUCACGCAGCGCAGGAAUGGGCGCGAUCGGGGAGUGGCAGCGUGGGCCGGUCAUCGGGCGCGGCGCGACGGCGACGGUGUCGGUCGCCACGAGCCGCCGCACGGGCGACGUGUUCGCGGUGAAGUCAGUGGACGUGGCUCGCGCCGGCGUGCUCCGGCGCGAGCAGAGUGUGCUCUCCGCUCUGAGCUCGCCGUUCGUCGUGUCGUGCGCCGGCUCCGGGGUGUCGGCGGCGGCGGCGGACGGGAGCGGCGGGGCGCGCUACGAGCUGUUCUUGGAGUAUGCGCCCGGCGGGUCGCUGGUCGAUGAGAUUAAGCGUUGCGGCGGUCGGUGCGAGGAGCCGCUGAUUCGGUCGCGGGUGGGCGACGUCCUGCGCGGGCUGGCGUAUGUCCACGGCUCCGGGAUCGCGCACUGCGAUGUCAAGGGCCGGAACGUGCUCGUCGGCGCCGACGGGCGCGCGAUGCUCGCCGACUUCGGGUGCGCGCGCUGGACGGCCGAGGAAAGUAAUGCCACCGGCGGCGGCGGCCGCGUGACGAUCAGGGGCACGCCCAUGUUCCUGGCGCCGGAGGCCGCGCGCGGCGAGGAACACGGGAUCGCCGCUGACAUCUGGGCGGUCGGGUGCAUCGUCAUCGAGAUGGCCACCGGCGGCGCCCCGUGGCCGCGGAUCGCCGAUCCAGUCGCCAUGCUCCACCACGUCGCGCACUCCACCGACGUCCCGGAGACCCCCUCCUGGCUCUCCGCCGAAGGGAAGGAUUUCCUGGCAAGAUGUUUGGUGAGAGACCCAGCCAAGCGGUGGACGGCGGAGCAGCUGCUCGAGCACCCGUUCGUCUCCUCCGCGGCGUCCAAUCCCACCCCCAACUCCAAGGCCGCGCAGAUCGAGCAUCGCGUCUCUCCCAAGAGCAUCCUCGACCAGCGCCCGUGGGAGGACACCUCGACGGACUCCGACACCACGGUGGCGCUCGCCCCCGCCGACCGCCUCCGCGCAUUGUCCGCCGGCGCCGCCUCCGUCGAGCCCGACUGGACCUGGAGCGUGGACGACUGGAUCGCCGUUUGCGGCCGCACCGACGACCCCGACACCACCACCACCAGCAUUCUCAGCGGCGGCGACGAGGCUGCGCCAGACGGCCUUGCCCCGCUCGGAGGUGGCGAGCGCGCGGGCUCCGCCGACGGCCAGCUCGACCACGGCGGCGCGAGCUCGCCGCGCAGCCGGCGGCGCAGCGCGAUUAGUGGCUGUAACAAUAAUGAUUGUAACAAUAAUAGCGGCUGUAACUUUACCAACAAGCAAUGGAGUAUUAUCAAGUUGGUUAAACCGCCGCGUCCGAGCUGGCCUUGGCCUUAG